GAAAAGCGGACGUUUGUCAGUGACGCUGUGAAUACAUGAUGAUUGUUUGGUAUGAAUAAGGGAACUUUAAAAUAGGUAUUUGUAGUAAUUAUAAGGAAAUAAGUCACAAAAAUGUUCUUAACUCUUCAAAAUAGUUGAGAAUGAACUGUUUUGCAACUUAAUUGUUAUUUUAACCAAUCUUUGGCAAGCUGUCAGCAUUAUUUCCAGAAAUGGAAAAUUCAACUCAUAUCCAGACUGGAACAAAACAUGUUUUAUCAGAAGAUUCAAAUGAAAAAGCUGCUAAGAAAAGAGUCCUUCCUACUUUUCCAAUCAUUCCAAGCAGCAGGUUUGGCACCACAACUGCUCCAACACUGAGGCAUCCUUUGUUCAUUGGAGAUUUUUCAUUGGAUGGGGACCGAAAAUUUCAUCAUGACAGAAGGAGUCUGGGAUUUAUUUCCAUAGACUGGGAUCAGUCACAGACAAAAAAGGUUGAAUAUGACCUCAACAUUGCCAUGGACAAAGUGAAGCGGAAGGACUACCAGCGAUGCGUGAGGGAGAACUUGGACAACCUGCUCAUGUGGAUCCUCUUGAACAGAUACAAGUUUGCUGUGUCGCCCCCUCCUCCACCUCCCCCCACUGCUCCUAUGCCCUCACAACACAGUUCCUCACAAGCGCCCCAGCAGGGAGGCCAGCCCCACAGCUCCUCACAUGGGGACGCCACCAAGUCUGCUCGGCCCAACCCUGUAAGAGGUGCCUCGGUCGACUCCCUUCAGAAUCCAUUGGCUGCUUCUGGACCCAUUACUAGUUUGUCGACAGAUUUUGUUACUUACCGAGGGCUGCUCCGAGACUUGAUGUGUUCGCCGUACCAGAAGGAAGGAUGGAUCAUUCUUGCCACCAAAUUCAGACGCACAAUUUACUUGUGUGGCAUAGACAGCGUAGAAAAGCAGUUGGAAAAAGAGAAUGAAACAGAGAACCAGAAGCGCCUGUGCUCGUGGGGCUUCAAGUUUGAGCAGUUCAUGACGGACGGUGCUGAUCCCAAUGAAGGCCACGACGAGAACAAGGAAUAUUGCUGCGUGCUGCGCUCAAGACUGGCGUCACACUCCCUCGUGUACGGGGCUGAAGUGGACGGAGCAGAUCCUACUCGCUACAACCCACCUCAUGGACACCUCACUCCAUUCGUAGAACUAAAAACUAAUAAAGAAAUUACCACGAAACGCGCCAGACAAAUCCUGCACAAGUUCAAGUUCCAGAAGUGGUGGAGUCAGUCUUUCCUGGUUGGCAUCCCGCGGGUGGUGUGUGGUUUUCGCGACGACUUUGGUGUAGUGAGGUCCGUGCAGACGUUUGCUGUCAGCGCGAUGCCUAACCAGUGCCAGGGUUACUGGUCGACGGACGUGAUGAUCAACUUCCUGGACCAGUUCCUGAGUUGGGUCAAGUCGCAGGUGGUGGAGGACGACCCAAAUCUCGUGUAUCAACUUACACGUCAGCCUGGCAGUCCAAAUGUUCACUGCCAAUGUCUCGGGGAAAAUUCUUCGGCCGUGGCUUUCCUGCCACAUUGGUACAUCAACGAGGUGUUUGCCACUGCGCCUGCAGAGUAGAUAUCAUCUUCAUCCGCCCUCAUUUUGCCUGAAGUUAAAUGAGAAAGAAAUCUUAUUGUAUGACUCAGCUGGUUGGAAACGUUAUUGUUUAUCUUCAGGAUCUCCAUGAUGGGCCGGAUUUGGUAUAUAGACAUUGAAUUUCGUAAGAAAUUCUCCAAUUCGUCCGUCUUUCAUCUAAGCUGCUUCUGUUGUUGUUUUGAUGUAUAUUCGUUCUGUGCGAUGCCACCAAAGAUAUUUAGUCUGCCUUCUUUAUAACCCAAAGUCUGAAAACCAUGUGAAUAGGAAUUUAUAAACCCUUGACGUGCGUGUUCAUUUUCAUGUUGAUAAUUAUCCAAAAUCAUCAAUAUCUAUCAUUGCAUUCCUGAAAACUUAUCGCAAGACAUCUUCUGAUGUCCAGCUUUCAGGUUUGUGCGUGCUCUUGUGAAUUACUUUUUUGCUUUAUUUACAUUUAUUGUAUUUAUAUUGAUUUAGGUGCUGUAGGCCUGUGCUGUUAAAAAACUACAGCUUGCAAUGCGGCUGCCUGAGACAUUUUUAAUCUCCGUAUGGACGCGCAAAUCAUGACUCAGUUAAAUAAGUGAAGAUUUUAGUUUUUUGCCACCUAUGUUGAUUGCCUAUCACUAGUGAGAUAGAUUUUUUGAUUAUUCAGUUAGCUGAACUGAGCACGAAUAAGUCAUGGAUUUUAUACACUUUUUUUUCGCUCCUGUUGAUCACGUGCCGCCUUUCGCUCCGCGACAGGUCACUAGGCAUGUCUUGCGAAAAGUUACACGGUAAGCAGUUCAUUAGUUUCGAGAUUCGCUAAAUUAAGCUCUUUUCAUGUAGCGUGCGUUAAACGCGACUAAAAUGAUGUUCAGAAAUUUAAUCAUCCCUCACGUAGUUGAGUCAUUCUGGACAUGAAAAAACCUAAUUACGUUUUCUGAACUACGCAAUUUUUCAUUCGUCGUCAUCAUAAAUUUGUCGUUGGUCAUUUCAUCGUGGCUGACGUCUCGUCGUAGUCGAGACAAACCUGUACAAAUCGCUCGUCUCAUGUCGAGUUCGUCUUAUGUAUAUAUUUCUUCUUAGCAUUCCUGCUCGUCGUUACCUUGAUGUUGGAUCUCAAGUUUAUAGAGUCGGUAUCAAAUUUCCACGGCAUGUGGCCGAGCUGUUGUCCCUCUUGAAUAUUUCUGCCAGACUUUUUAUUUUAUUUUCAUAAUCAGCUUGAUUAAAUUUUAAUCUAAACGAAAGCUUUAAAUUUGUUUCAAAUUCUUUUGGUUUUGCGAUCAGUGAAUUCAAUGCAUUCGAACAGACGCUCUUAAAGAGGCUACCAGAGGGAACAUGCUUGGAAAACUCAAAAAUUUCCCGACCUUUUAUACAGGAAAUUGUUCCGGCGUAUAUAAUAAUUACCUGUUAUUAAGCUAUCAUUACUUAGUUUUAGUGUAGUUUAAGCUUUAUGUAUUAGGAAACGUGUUGCUGGUUCUCCAGCAACGGAGUGUUUAAAGAUUUUCUCAAGUCAAGGAUUUAAUUUUCGUGGUCGUUUCUCACUGAGUUUCAGAUGAGAUGAAUCUGUAUUCCUUUCCUCUAAAGCUAAUCGAUGUAUGAAUAUGUUCCGAGGUAACUCGAGUACAGGUGGAUAUAUGCUGGCUCUCACAGCUACAACAAAAUGAGUCACGAAUUUUUUCAUGGAAACUUAAAAUCACGAUGUCAAUAUGUUUUUCAUUGACUAAACAUGUCUUUAAUUCCGCUCCAAAUGAGUGGAUUUAAUCAAAACUAAAAUACCGUCACUAUUCCGAUAAGAGUUAAAUUUUAUUUACAUAGCUCAAAUUUACAGGUUUUUAUGGAUUUGACUUUGUAUAUUUAAGCACGCUCGGUUGAAGCUUAAUUUUUAUUUUAUAUGCUUUCGAAGGUACUAAAGUAUUAAUUCUCAUUGAUGAGAUCAAUCCAUGUUAUGCGGUGGUCUGCUGUGUUCCGUGUCCACCGGUAUAAAUUGUCUUUUUAUUUCAAAGUAAACUGAAUAAUUUAUUGGCUGAACGGAAGGGUUGCUUUGAACAAAGUUUUAUGGGAAUAAUCGCUGUUCGUUAAUUAGGUAUGCCGGAUCUAAAUGGGACGGGGACAGUGGACCCAGAAUUUAGGAUUGAUUUCAUGAUGGGAUUUUAUCCCGGCUACUCUCAGUAAAAUUAUUACUGUUUAUUGCUUACAUCUCUCAGCUUAGGAACUGAGUGUUCUUAUGGGUCCCUCUCUCUUCUAAGGGGUUGCCUGGAUCUCGCGAAUAAAUCUCGUGCUAAUCUUUUCUUUUUGUCUUGUUGUUUUUGUAUUUCAUGUGUUGGUAUGAUCAAUAUAACUGAAAUUGAUUCUCAUGAACAAGAAAAUUAGAAGAGGUUUCACUACUACCAUGAGGAACUUGGUUAAUUAGAAACCUAUAAUUACUAUGUGAAGAGAACUUCUUAACUUUUCUAAAAUAUUUGUUAACGCUUAGCGACUGCGUUCAAACAAGGCAUCAUUUGCUAUCGCUUAUUGGACUAUCAGAACUCAUGUUGUGCGCAUGAUUCCUUGCCAGUUCAUGCACUUCCCUGUGCCGCCAAUCCGAAGUCUGGCAGAUAGUGUAAGAUCUUUUGUCCUGUUCCAGUUCCCCGUCAGUGAUUGGCGUUGGAUUUACUGUAAAAAUCAGUCAGUGACUUGCUAAAAAAUUUACGAACUAGAAACUUUUUUUUUGAUAGCACGGCCUUGGACGCUGUGUGUCGCUGGGAUGGUCAGUGUAUCUGUGUUGCGUAAAUUUAACUGAAGUAUCGUGAAACAUGAAAUUAAGCAACAUGCUUUCUUGUGUAUUCUCCUGCAUACUGAUCUACUUUAGUCGGAAAAAUAUUAACGUUCGUUUCAUCUCUCAGUAAUUCUUGAACUCGAAUGAAAAUCGUUCUGCAAUGGGAUAAUAAUUUUCUCCUGUUGAAUGUAUUAUUUAUAGUUCGAUGUGCAUUCACGGUGAAUCUGCUUACAAGUUUAUACAUUAUAACUAGACUUACUUUGUGCUUCGUAAUAAUUUUCUAAGUAUCAGGCAUUGCUACUUAAUUUGCCUAACUCAUCUGCUAACAGAACGUAACAGGAUUUCCGUGCGUAAACUCUUGACAAUUCUUAUCAAAUAAUCAGGUUGCUGCAACAAUAAGAGAUUUAUUGAA